CUCCCAUCCACCGUAUUUGUCCUCCUCCCUUACAAAAACCCAAACCCCUUACCUCACAUCUCUAACAUCUCAAGAAUAUCAUAAUGGAGACCACCGUGAUCAUCGUUGGAGCAGGUCCCUCUGGCCUAUCCACCGCCGCAUGUUUAUCUAAAGCUUCAAUUCCAUACAAGCUCCUCGAACGAGAGGAUUGCUCUGCUUCACUUUGGCGGAAAUACGCUUACGAUCGCUUAUGUCUCCAUCUUCCGAAGAAAUCAUCGGAGCUGGCGUUCAUGGAGAUUCCGGAUCCAUUCCCUAAUUACUUGACGAAGAAGAUGUUUGUAGAGUAUAUAGAUUCUUACAUCUCGAAAUUCGGAAUAGAACCUAUGUUUUGGAGAAAUGUGGAGGGGGCGGAGUUGGAUAGGGAGUUGAAGAAGUGGAAGGUGAGAGUGAGAGUGAGGAAUAAUAAUAAGAAUAAGAGUAUUAAUGGUGAGGAGGGAGAGAUGGAGGAGUAUGUUGGAAGGUAUUUGGUGGUGGCAACGGGAGAGACGGCAGAAGCGUACAUGCCGGAGGUGGAGGGGAUGGAGAAAUUCGGGGGAGGAGUGAUGCAUUCAAAGAUGUACAAAUCGGGGAAGGGAUACGAAGGGAAGAAGGUGUUGGUGGUUGGAUCGGGCAAUUCGGGAAUGGAAAUUGCGUAUGAUCUUGUUAAUCAUUCCGCUGCCACUUCCCUUCUUGUUCGUAGUCCGAUACAUAUAUUGACAAGAAGAUUGAUAAAUUUGCAAGUGUUUUUGGGGAAAUAUCUUCCAUUAGGGUUUUUGGAUUCAUUGAUGGUAUUUCUUAGCAAAAUGGUUUUUGGAGAUUUAACCAAAUAUGGAAUGAAAAGACCAAACAAAGGUCCUAUCUACAUGAAGAGACAUCAUGGAAAGUUCCCUAUCAUUGACGCAGGAACCUGCAACAAAAUCAAAUCCGGCGAAAUUCAGGUAAUAUCUUCGGAAAUAGCGAAGGUAGAAAGCAAGAAGAAUGUGAUAUUUAAAGAUGGGAAAAUGGUUUCAUUCGACGAUAUUAUAUUUUGCACUGGCUUUACUAGCUCUGCAAACUCAUGGCUUAAGGAUGAUGGAUCUCUCUUAAAUGAUGAUGGACUAUCCAAAGUGAAUCAACCCAAUCACUGGAAAGGAAGCAAUGGGCUUUAUUGUGUGGGCCUAUCCAAAAGAGGGCUCUUUGGGUCCAAGUUCGAGGCCCAAGAAGUUGCCAAAGACAUAGCAGCUCAACUCCAAUGUAUUUAGUGCUUUAUUUUCUUAAAAGCUUAUUUAUUAAGUAUUCAAAGUAACAAAACUACUUAUGAAAUUAUAUCCCUUUAUUAUAAAUAGAUGCCCAUGCAUAAUACCGUUGUGUACAAUUCUUUAAACAAGGACGCUUCCUUCAUCUAUGUGGAAUCAUACAUCCUUAGUACACAAUUAAUGCCAUGUCCUACUUGUUAAAUUACCUAUAGUAACUUUGGAGUUUGGUGUGUUUAAGAAUUCAAGAAAUUAGUGAGAGAAAAAAUGUUGGUUCAUAA